AUGGGUCCUCAGAAAAGAUACAUUUGUUCCUUCUGUGCUAAGGCUUUUUCACGGUCUGAGCAUAAGCUCCGUCAUGAACGUUCUCAUACGAAGGAGAAGCCUUUUGUCUGCAAUGUCUGCGAUAAUUCCUUUGUUCGAAGAGAUUUGCUGCAACGGCAUUGUCGAACUGUUCAUGGAAUGCUUUUGAAGGAAAACAUCGAUGCCGCGGUGAAUAUAAAGCAAUACGCAACAGGAUUGGCUGAGAGUUCAGCAAACGAUCUGGUUGAACCAAGUCCCAGUCAGAAUCCAACCCUAAACACUCCCAGCUCGGUUCCUGUUGGUGAUUCGUUUCUGGAAAAAAAUAUCAUCUCUUUAUUAACGUUAUGCAAGAAAUUUAGCCAGGUAUCAAUUGAUCUACAGUUAGACAAUAACAUUUCUGGGUAUCUGUUAACUUAUUGCAAUAAUUUUCAGUUUCGCCCUGAGUACCCUUCAUUCUUCAAAGUGUUUGAUACUUCGUCGACUGUGAACCCUUCUCCGGAGCCGUUUUCAAGCCAUUUUCUGACUAAUUCCAGUUCAACGUCAUCCAGGUUUUUAAGCCUAGAUGGAAAUAGUGAAUUCCUUUAUUUAAUUAUCUGUCUAGGGGCUUGUGAACAAUCACAAUCUUUGGAUGCAAUCAAGCUAUUUAACAAGAGUUGGGCAAUAAUAAUCAAUAAAAUAUCAAAUCAAUUAAUUAAUUACAACAGUGACAACUUUUCAGAAUUCAUCGAGAACUUGAUCCUCUUAUGUUUCAUCUAUCUCAAUUAUUUUGCAAAUCAUGACUUUGAGGAUAUUGAUAAUCACAACAUUGACCACGACAAUAUAAACAUUGUUCUACCAUGUCCAGUUAUAACGUUGGAUGUCUUGUUCGAAUACCUUAACAAUAUUAUUAGCACGCAUAUUAAUAACAAUUCCUCCAAUCCAUUGGAAACGGUUGAACCUUUCUAUUGGUAUGCGUAUGUGCUGCUGUCGAAAUACUCGUUCAUCUAUAACAAAUCACCUUCAUCAUUGCAUAUGUUCCUAGCUGACAAGUUUCUUCCGAAUACUCAGGUCACUAUGGCUCAAUUACUAAGGAAUUUAUCAGUUACUUCGUUAACUGACCAGCCUGAAACAAUUGUUUCACAAUUGGAAUAUUCACAGGAUGACAUUUCCAAAAAUGUGUUCUUGAAUAAUAUGAAUCUAGUUGUCAAUCACAGAAUUAGCAACAUUGAGCAAACGCUCAUAUGUGCGCUUUUGAAUGAACUACAGAUGAUCAAAUUCAAUGAUAACCAAAUUAGAAAAUCCACCUCCAAAAUUCAACAUGGUAUUUUCAAUGACAGCAAAAACUUUCUUCACAACGCAAUUAUUCUAGCUAACAAAUCGUUCAACAAUAUUUACAACGCAGUGAGUGAUGAUCCAGGAAGUUCAGCUCUUCCUUCAGGGAAAGAAACGUCAUUCAAUGACUCAGUCGGUGCAACCGCAGUGAAUAUCAUACAGGAGAAUAACAAAGGCAAGCUGGAGGCUAAUUACCCACCAAAAGUAGCAGACCUGAUGAAUAACAACAAAUUUGUAGAGUUUGUCAAUUCAUUGAUUCUCAACAAGAAGAAACUGCUUAUCAAUUGUCCACUGAAGUUCCAUGACCUGCUAUUCAAUUACCUUUUUUUGCCUUUGCAGGAUUACAACUGGGUUCUGCUGUCUUUAACAUUGAAAGACUUCAUGUAUGAAGUGGAAUCUUUAUACAACACUUUAACGUCCACCAGUCAACAUGUCCCAUCAGAAAAUGCGGAAUUUGAUAUUGCCAAGUUUUGUCAUUCUUCGUUGACUGUUCCAGACAUCAAAUCAAACUUGGAAAAGUUCAUUUUUCAUCCAUUUAACAAGAUGCUAGUUGUGAAUAACAACCUUGGCUUGACAACCCUGCCUUUGCUAUUUAUCUCACUAAUUUACAAUAACAAACAAAGCUUUGCGAGUAUCAAGUCGUUUUUAAGUCUUCCUAGUAACAAACUUUUACUGCUGGAGUUUAUCAUCGGAAAUUUCCUGCUUCUUAUUAGGAUACUAGUACAAAGACGAAUUUCUUACAGUUCGCAAGUUGUGGAAGAUACAGAGGAAGACACACCUAUCCUGAAUGUUAUUAUCUAUCUAAUUAGUGAACUGGGAUCUGGUUUUUCUGCUAUUCAUAAUUCAGAGGGGCAUAAGAAUAGGAGUUAUUCCAUCACCAUUGGAAUCCUUCAAAGUCAAGUUCAACAAAGCAAAAGCAAAAAGAGCUCUGGAUCCAAAAAAUAUGUUGGUUCAGAAAACGACCUUGAUGUGUCUGGAAUGACUUUGCAACAAAUUCUUACUAAUGAUGACUUGUACAAAUUUAUACUUCAAAACAUUGAGAAAUCUCUUAUCAAUUGGAUCAGCAUUCUGGUAUCCAUUCAAAUGUCUACAACAAACUUAAUAUUGGCACUGAAUGUAGUGAUGAAGUCGAUUUAUGCCAGUGCUGCAAUGGAGAAGUUUAACGGUGCGGCCAAUAAAUCACCAACCAACUUCAAUAACAAUCACAACAACAACAACGCUCUUGAUUUAGCGACUUAUCAGACUAAUGUUCAAAAGCCUGUGGUUGAACAUGAAUCUUCGGCACAAGAUUUACCCAAUAAGAGAAUCCGCCUUCCGCCUAUCUUACAGUCACCAAUCCCAGGAUCUAAGGACGCUGACUAUAUGGUUAAUGGUGGGAAUGCAAAUAACGGUAAACAGGAUGGCCUUUUAUGGGGGUUUAAUUAG